AGUGGUGACCCAGCACCGGCACUAUCUCCUGCGGUCAGUAGCGAAGGAUGUGGCCGGCGAUCUGUACGAGUGGCUAUACGCCAUGAACCCGCUGCUGGCCGGCCAGAUCAGGUCGACGCAGGGUCGCAGGCGUCACAUCUCCGGCUCCCGCGGCACCUCCACGUGCCACUGAGUGUGCCACAGAGUGGACCGCUGGGUUCUGAUGAGCCGCUGAACAGAGCGGGCCCGGGCGUGGCGCCGGUGUGACGGUCGUGUCCGCCCGCGCCGCUCACGGCCUCUCCUCUAGACCGCUCCGCUUCCCGUGUGCCGCUCAGCUG